AUGGGAGAAGAAUUUGGAAUGAUGGGAGAUCAUACAAUUAAAAGUCAGCGACCUCGAUCUGUUCAUGAAAAAAGGGUCCCUCAGGAACAAGCUGAUGCUGCUAAAUUUAUGGCACAAACUGGUGAAUCUGGUGUGGAAGAGUGGUCCCAGUGGAGCACAUGCUCAGUUACUUGUGGUCAAGGGUCGCAGGUGCGAACCAGAACUUGUGUAUCACCUUACGGGACACACUGCAGCGGCCCAUUAAGAGAAUCAAGGGUUUGCAAUAACACUGCCCUCUGUCCAGUACAUGGAGUUUGGGAGGAGUGGUCACCAUGGAGUUUAUGUUCAUUUACAUGUGGUCGAGGCCAAAGAACAAGAACAAGGUCGUGCACACCUCCUCAGUAUGGAGGAAGGCCGUGUGAAGGACCUGAAACACAUCAUAAGCCCUGUAAUAUUGCUCUGUGCCCAGUUGAUGGGCAGUGGCAAGAGUGGAGUUCAUGGAGUCAGUGCUCAGUGACGUGUUCGAAUGGGACUCAGCAGAGAAGCAGGCAGUGUACUGCAGCAGCUCAUGGGGGCUCUGAAUGCAGAGGGCCCUGGGCAGAAAGCAGAGAGUGCUAUAACCCUGAGUGUACAGCCAAUGGUCAAUGGAAUCAGUGGGGUCAUUGGAGUGGAUGUUCCAAGUCCUGUGAUGGCGGCUGGGAAAGGCGAAUAAGGACUUGUCAGGGUGCAGCAAUAACAGGACAGCAAUGUGAAGGAACAGGUGAAGAAGUGAGAAGAUGCAGUGAGCAACGAUGUCCUGCGCCUUAUGAAAUAUGCCCAGAGGAUUACUUGAUGUCGAUGGUGUGGAAAAGGACCCCGGCAGGCGACUUGGCAUUCAAUCAGUGCCCACUGAACGCCACAGGCACCACUAGCAGACGCUGCUCUCUCAGUCUUCAUGGAGUGGCCUUCUGGGAACAGCCGAGCUUUGCAAGAUGCAUAUCCAAUGAGUACAGACACUUGCAGCAUUCAAUCAAAGAACACCUUGCUAAGGGGCAACGAAUGCUGGCAGGUGAUGGAAUGUCCCAGGUGACCAAGACACUGUUGGAUUUAACUCAGAGGAAAAAUUUCUAUGCAGGUGAUCUUCUGAUGUCUGUGGAAAUUCUCAGAAAUGUGACAGACACGUUUAAAAGGGCAAGUUACAUCCCUGCAUCUGAUGGAGUCCAGAACUUCUUUCAAAUAGUUAGCAACCUUCUAGAUGAAGAAAACAAGGAAAAAUGGGAAGACGCACAACAGAUUUAUCCUGGCUCGAUUGAAUUAAUGCAGGUGAUUGAAGAUUUUAUACACAUUGUUGGAAUGGGGAUGAUGGACUUUCAGAAUUCAUACUUAAUGACUGGAAAUGUAGUGGCUAGCAUUCAGAAGCUUCCCGCAGCAUCUGUUCUAACAGACAUCAACUUCCCUAUGAAAGGACGGAAGGGGAUGGUUGACUGGGCAAGAAACUCAGAAGAUAGGGUAGUCAUUCCAAAAAGCAUUUUUACUCCUGUAUCAUCAAAAGAAUUAGAUGAAUCAUCAGUAUUUGUUCUUGGAGCAGUCCUAUACAAAAACUUAGAUCUAAUUUUGCCCACUUUGAGAAAUUACACUGUCGUUAAUUCCAAAAUCAUCGUGGUCACAAUAAGGCCUGAACCCAAAACAACUGAUUCAUUCCUGGAGAUAGAACUAGCUCAUUUGGCUAAUGGUACUUUGAAUCCCUAUUGUGUAUUGUGGGAUGACUCAAAAACGAACGAGUCUUUGGGAGCGUGGUCCACCCAGGGAUGUAAAACUGUGCUUACCGAUGCAUCCCAUACGAAAUGCUUAUGUGAUCGUCUCUCUACCUUCGCCAUUUUGGCUCAGCAACCUAGAGAAAUAAUCAUGGAAUCCUCUGGUACACCUUCAGUUACCCUAAUAGUAGGCAGUGGCCUUUCUUGCUUGGCCUUGAUCACCCUCGCAGUUGUCUAUGCAGCAUUAUGGAGGUACAUUCGCUCUGAGAGGUCUAUAAUUCUAAUUAACUUCUGCCUGUCUAUCAUCUCAUCCAACAUCCUCAUAUUGGUUGGACAGACUCAGACACAUAAUAAGAGCAUCUGUACUACCACCACUGCGUUUUUGCACUUUUUCUUCUUGGCUUCAUUCUGUUGGGUUUUGACUGAGGCGUGGCAGUCCUAUAUGGCUGUGACUGGAAAAAUUAGGACACGGCUUAUAAGGAAACGGUUUUUGUGCCUUGGAUGGGGUUUACCAGCAUUAGUAGUGGCCACAUCAGUAGGCUUCACAAGGACAAAAGGAUAUGGCACUGAUCACUACUGCUGGCUUUCUCUUGAAGGAGGACUACUCUACGCUUUUGUUGGACCUGCAGCCGCUGUUGUUCUGGUCAACAUGGUGAUUGGCAUUUUGGUAUUUAAUAAACUUGUUUCCAGAGAUGGGAUCCUAGAUAAAAAGCUCAAACACAGAGCCGGUCAGAUGAGUGAGCCUCAUAGCGGUUUGACGCUCAAAUGUGCCAAGUGUGGAGUAGUUUCAACAACAGCUUUGUCAGCCACCACCGCCAGUAACGCCAUGGCAUCUCUCUGGAGUUCCUGCGUGGUGUUGCCCCUUUUGGCUCUGACGUGGAUGUCUGCGGUUCUGGCCAUGACAGACAAACGCUCCAUAUUGUUUCAGAUACUUUUUGCUGUGUUUGAUUCAUUGCAAGGUUUUGUGAUAGUCAUGGUCCACUGCAUUCUUCGGAGAGAGGUUCAGGAUGCAUUUAGAUGCCGAUUGAGAAACUGUCAGGAUCCAAUCAAUGCUGAUUCUUCGAGUUCUUUUCCUAAUGGGCAUGCUCAAAUAAUGACAGACUUUGAAAAGGAUGUAGACAUUGCUUGUCGAUCAGUGCUUCACAAGGACAUUGGUCCUUGCCGAGCAGCAACAAUAACAGGAACACUCUCUAGGAUUUCUCUAAAUGAUGAUGAAGAAGAAAAGGCAACAAAUCCUGAAGGGCUAAGCUAUUCAACACUGCCUGGAAACGUUAUUUCCAAAGUCAUUAUCCAGCAACCCACCGGUAUGCACAUGCCCAUGAGUAUGAAUGAGCUGGGCAAUCAGUGUUUGAAAAAAGAGAACAGCGAAUUGCGAAGAACUGUGUACUUAUGUACGGAUGACAAUUUGAGAGGAGCUGAUAUGGACAUAGUCCAUCCUCAAGAAAGAAUGAUGGAAAGUGACUAUAUUGUGAUGCCCAGAGGUUCUGUAAAUACCCAGCCAUCAAUGAAAGAGGAAAGCAAAAUGAAUAUUGGUAUGGAAACCUUGCCACAUGAAAGGUUAUUGCACUACAAAGUGAAUCCUGAAUUCAACAUGAACCCCCCUGUAAUGGACCAGUUCAAUAUGAACUUAGAUCAACACCUUGCACCCCAGGAACAUAUGCAGAAUUUGCCCUUUGAGCCUCGCACAGCUGUGAAGAAUUUCAUGGCCUCUGAGUUGGAUGAUAAUGCAGGACUAUCAAGAAGUGAAACUGGGUCAACGAUAUCAAUGAGUUCAUUAGAGAGAAGAAAAUCACGAUAUUCAGACCUUGACUUUGAGAAGGUCAUGCAUACAAGGAAGAGACAUAUGGAACUGUUUCAGGAGCUGAAUCAGAAAUUUCAAACUUUGGACAGAUUUCGGGACAUACCAAAUACAAGCAGUAUGGAAAACCCAGCACCAAACAAGAAUCCAUGGGACACUUUCAAAAACCCCAGUGAAUACCAACACUACACCACAAUCAAUGUCUUAGAUACAGAGGCAAAGGACGCUUUGGAACUGAGGCCAGCAGAGUGGGAGAAGUGUCUGAAUUUGCCUCUGGAUGUGCAGGAGGGUGACUUUCAAACAGAAGUUUAACGAAGUCAAAAUGGACUGAGGUGGACAUAAAACAAUUUAUUGCACUGACACUUAAGACUUGGGAAGCCUGACAUUUCUAUCUGGACAGUGUGACUAUCCUAUGUCAGGACCUUCAUGUGCCAAAUGUCAGUGGUGUUUGCAUAUGGGAACUUCUCACUAGUGAGGCUAGUGGAGAGAGGACCAGGUGUACAGUUCUGACCAUCCUGUGUUGUAAGUACCCGUGGAAUGGAUUUGUAAGGUAAUCUUUAUAGAUAAACCUCAAGCAACGAUUCAUGUUGUAACCGCUUCAUAUGGUUUAGUUUUCAAAAAACUUCACCAUGAAGCACAAUGUAUAUAUUUAUGCAGUUUUUAAAGUUUAUAACAGUCUGUUUGGCCAUUACUACACUUUUUACUUUAUAAUAUAAAAGCAAAGUUUUUGUCAUUAAAUGAAUGUUUG